AUGUAAUUAUUUGUCAUUUAUGUUUUAUCGAAGCAUACACGUGUUGAGCAUUUUUUAGAUAUCGCUUAGAAUAUUCCCCCAUAAAUCGCCUAUUUUCAAUAUACCUUAUAUAGAAUACUUCUCAAUUAUUUACAUUUCGCGCUGAACACCUUUGAUGUGUUAAUUUUACGAAACGGGAAACUCAACUUACACACACAUCGAACUUCAAACUAGUGGUUACUUAAACUCAUGAGUAGCCAGUAUGGCAGUCGUCUGCCUUUGAUGUGCACGCGAAUUGUUCGUAAAACUUUUAUUGCUGUGAGUGUACCGCAUAAUUUAACGAUGACUCAAUGAGAUCAACUUAGCCAGUAUAUCGUUGAAGAAUGAAUUACUGUCACAUAAAGCUUUUAUUCUCUAAUUUUUCUUAACGCUGCAUUGGUACACGAGCCCAAAGUCAGCACAACAUCGACGUUGACAGGUGGUAGUUGACAAUUCUUGUUCAUCCUUUUGGAGGUUAUUGCACUAUGUUUGCAACACUAAAAAAUAAGAUACGAGAGGAAAUUGGGAGUGAUGUGUCAACCGUUGUUAGAAAUGCCGGCAACGUGCGCGGUAUUAAUUCUAGGCAUAUGUCUCAGGCAGGAUCUACAAGUAGUAUUAGUGGAUCGCAAAUAUCAUUAGAUGGUUUGCGUGAAGAAAAUGCAGCAUCACCUUCUCCUCCAAUAUCUUUAAAAAGAGAUAAUAGUUUUGACAUUAAAUUAAGUGAUGGUAUGCAACUUUCUGCAAAAGACAUUAAGAAGUUUGAAAUUAGAGAAGAAGAAUGGCGAAAAAGAUUAGCUAAAAAGGAGACAGAAAUGUUGAAACGGAUGGAAAAAAAAGAAGAAGAUUGGAAAGUAAGGUUACUUGAAAAUGAAAAAGAAUGGAAGAAAGUAGUUGAAAAGCAAGAAAAAGAAAAAAGUAAAUUAGAAGAAGAAUUAGAAAAUGUACAACGCACAAAACAUUCAUUGGAAUCAGCACUGAAGGAUGCUGAAGAAUAUAAAAAGAAAUUGUAUAGUUUUCAAGAAGAUGCAGGCCAACUGGAAGAUUUGCAAAUACAAGAAUUAGCAAAAGUCAAACAUUUAUUGUUAGUCAAGGAACAAGAAGUGGAUGAAAAGACGCAACACUUAAAGACAGCCAUUGCAGAAAUUGAUAGCUUGAAGUCCGAGGUGUCACGUCUAAGGCGAUAUGAAGAUGAACUGAACAGUGUACAGGAUGAAAUGGAGACAUUGCGACAUUCUACGCAGAGAGAAAGAACUCAACUUUCCUGUCAACUAGCACAAACUGAGGAAGAAGUGCGUCACCUAAAAGAUAAAGUUUUUGUAUUAGAACAAAGAGUUGCUUUAGGAACUAAUGAUCAAGUGACAGUGGAUGAAAGAAUAGCUGAUCUCAUGAGAGAACGAGUAUUGUUAGAAAGAAAAUUAGAGGAGGCACAUCUUCACUUAUCUGAUAUAAAGACUAGUUGGUCAGGAAAAAUAUCCAGCUUGGAAACCCAAGUUGGAAGACUUAGCAGACAAGCCGGUGAGGAGGGUCUAGAAAGAAGAAGAGUAGAAGAGGAAAGUGAAAAACUGAGACAGAGGAUCAAACAGCUAGAAGCUGAAAUAGAGGUGAACAAUGUUGUAAUGGCAACGAAAGACGCCAAGCUUUUGCGCAUGGCAGAGGACAUCGACGAGAUGGCCACGGAACUGAAAGAGCUCCGGGCCAGCGUCGAUGAUGAGGUGGAAGAGUUUAAGCGACAAAUUCAAUCUUCCACAAAGGAGAUAACUGAACUAAAGCAAGAUUUGGAGGAGACAAAAACAAAGCAUUUGGCAGCCACCUAUGAAGUAGCACAUCUUCGUAUAUCAUUAGAAGAGGAACGAACAAUUAAUUCUUCUUUACAUCUGGAAGCAGCAAAUUUAAAAGAAGAUUUGGAAUCUGAACGAACAGCACUAACUGCACUAAGAGUAUGCCUAGAAAAGGAAAGAGGAGAGAAGGACACUGCAUUACUGAGAAACGCCCAAGUUUCCCAAGAUAUUGAAAUUGUAAAGCAAGAAAACCGACGACAAGAAGUUGAAAACACAGAAUUAUUGAACAGAGUUGACAGUUUAGAAAACAAUUUACAAAGUAAAACUAAGGAAAUGGAGGAAACAAUAGUAAAAUUAGAGGAAACUAAACAAAGAAUGUCAGAAUUAGAAGAAGGAGAACAAAAUAGAGAGAAAUUGGAGAGAAACGAAAAAGUUCUCAAAAGUAGUUUAAUGGAUUUAGAAGAACAAUUAAAUGAAAAAACCAAGACAAUUAAAGUCUUACAGCAACGAUUAGCAGAUAUGAAAAAAACUCUCCAACGAGAAUUGAGAGUUCCAUCGUCAUCAUUGGAUAGCGAUGCAGAACCUUCCGCAGCAAUUCUCAAACCGAGUUCAUCAAAGACUGUUACUGUUAGGCAUAAUAACACAAGGGAUGAUGAUGUGAACUUUAAAUACCUUAAACAUGUUCUCAUAAAGUUCCUAACGAGUAGAGAAUAUGAGGCUCUACAUUUAACGAGAGCAGUCGCUACUCUUCUACAUUUUUCACCUGAAGAAGAGCGAUUACUUCAGGAAACCUUAGAAUGGAAAAUGUCGUGGUUUGGAACUCGGCCUAAUUUAGGUUUCGGACAAACUGCUAAAGCUAUACCACCUAGCUGAUAGCUGAAACAAUUUCCUCUUCCUAUAGGUAUUAUUAAAGUGGUUGCAGAUUCGUGGUUAAAAUCGAAAAGUUGGAUUACAUCUGUGGUUAAUCAUAAAUGAUGGCGAAUCUUAAAAAGAUUAGAAAAGAGACAAACAAAUUUAUAUGCUAGAAAUUUCAUAAAUUUUGUAAAAUAUUUAGCAUUUACAAUAUAUAUAUAUAUAUAUGUAUAAUUUAUUUAUAAAGGCUAGAAACAUUGAAUAUAGUUAGCUUACAAAAUGCGCCAUAUAAUUGGUAGUAUGAAAAGUUGGUUAGACAAAAUUUGUAAGAUAAAUAUAGAAUUGUUCAUGCCGAUAUUUAUUACAUACAUUGGCAUAAUGAAAUAAAUUAGUUUAAAAUGUAUAAUCUGUGCUCAAUUUUGAGUCACACUAUACGUUAUUUGCAUACGCAAGUGUUAAUACACACAUAUACAAUCAGUUUGCAAUAUUUACUAUAUAAAAGUUCUAACUAAAUUCGUAUAUGUUAUAUACAAACAUAUAAUCGUGUAAAGCAUUUCAUUACAAAACAAUAUUUAAAUUUUAAUUUAUAUACUAUAUAACAUUUGACAAAAUAAUACUUUCAUGCACAGAAAAAUGCAUCUAAUUGUUAUAUUAUAUUGUACUUUGUCAUUUUGUUCGUUGUACACAUAAUUAUUAUCAGUUGAAAUAAGUUAACAUAAUUCAAUGGGCAUAAAUGGUUGUAUCGUUAUAUGAUGUAAAUUUAGAAUUCUUAAAUGAAUUUCAUAAAUAUGGCUGCAGGUCGGUUGUAAUCAUUAAACAAAUUUGUUAGUUUCAUUAAUUACGAAGCUGAGAAUAAUUGCCAUAAUUAUUAUUUGUGAUAUGAACAUUGCAAUCGUACCAAGUUCAUACGUGUAAAUAAUGCAGUGAUGUUUCUAUAGACAUAAUUAAAAUACACAAACCCAUAUGGUUUUUAAAGAAACUGGUUUAUUUAAUCUUUUACUUAUUGUUCAUUUAAAACCACACAAAUUUUAAUGCAUAAUAUUUAUUUUAUUAAUUUUGUAAAAUUAUUUUGAUGCCAAUGAAAUUAUGAUUAUAUAUAAAAACUGAUGGCAAAGAAUGUUACUGUUUAUUUGGAUAACGUAAAGGGCAUGAAUAAACUUUUCUUGCCAUGUGCAUAGUAUUCAAGGUUUUCCUUUAUUAUUAAUUGUACAAUAGCAUGUAUUUACAACAACAUUUAAAGUACAUUAUAAGUCGAUACAGUAACAAAAAAUAGUUUUACGCAAAUCUGUCCAUGUAUUCGAAAAAUAUUUUAGUUCAAUAAGACUUUUUCUAUUUAUUACAAAACUA